UGUCCUUUGAUAAUUACUUGAUUGGAAUCGAUUCUAUUAAAAUCGAAUUAAUUAAAUUGAUUUGUUGUGACUGGUUGAUUUUCGAUGAUCUUCGAGGUCUUGUUCAAUUUUGGUUGAUGCAAAUUUUGGUGCAUCAAAUGCCCCAACAAAAAAACUGA